AUUAAGUUUCAAGCGCCUCUUCCUCCUGAACUGAACAACACACACCAAAACAGAGUAGCCUGGCAUGCUCUGACCCCUCCGAUCAUCCUGUGGUUAAUAUGGAUGUAAUGUGAUCAAGGGGACUGGACGGAAAACACACACUGGCUCUCCUGGUCCAUGCCUCCGUCUCCUCCCAUUUUAUCAUUUCCUUACUUCAUCCGCCCCCCCCCACUUCACUGUAACUCUGUUCAUAUCUCUUUCUGUCUAAUUUCAUUGUUCUGCCCACCUAUUGUCACUUGAUCCUUUGUUCACUCUUUGCUCAAUUUAUCCAUCCAUCACAGGAUAGUUGAUAGCUGUGUCUCCUCUUCUUUAAUAUACUGUUUUUUAAAACAAAACUUCCAAAACCUGCACCUUCUUCACACUUAACCUCUCUCCAUUUCUUUCCUACUAAACCACCCAUCUAUUAUUUGCUCCCCUAAUAUUUAGCACAAGUGCCCCGUUCUUUCGCCUGGUCUUCGUCGGGCCUGGCCUUGAGAUCAGUAUGUGGUCCAACUUCUUCGUGCAACCGGAUGAUGACGGUCGCAUCGGGGUGGCGGGGGCUGGACAAGGACAAGGUGGAAUGAAAGGUGGAAGGGGACAGAGGAGGAUCCCCAAGAUGAGUGACAGCCAGGAGGGGAAGAUCAAACUGGCCUUCUUUGUGUCUAUCAUCGGCGUGACCUUCACCGUGUUGGGCAUGGGGACAGAGUUUUGGGUGGAGCUGGCCCAACCAAAGAAUUUCAGCGGCAACUCGACCUGCCAGAUGGCCCAUUAUGGCUUGUGGAAGGGCUGCAUCCGCACCCUAUGGGUGGCUGACAUAGACCCAGAGAGGACGAGCUGUGGCCCCGCUGAACUACCUGGAGAAACCAACUGCACCUACUUCAAAUUCUUCACCUCUGGGGAGAAUGCAGUCAUAUUCAAGAAGACAACUGACAAGAAGCUGAAUCUAGCAGCAGCUAUCUUGGCCCUUCUCAGUCUGACCAUGAUGGUAAUGGGCUCCAUCUGUAUUGGCAUGUCCCUCAGCAAAGGAGUGCCCUUCUUUCUCAAGCCAGCCUCCUUCUGUUUCAUCCUAUCAGGUGUACUGGUCCUUUUCUCUGUCUUGAUGUUCCACCAGUCCGUGCUGGCCUUGCUGUCCAGUGACCACACCGUACCUUUACACCAUGAGCUGUCCUGGUCUGUGGCCUGUGUGGGCUCAGCGGGAGUCAUUCUUAUAUUUGGAGGAUUCCUCUUCGUCAUCCUCUCCCUUCCUUUCAGCCCCUGGCAGAAAUGCAUGUCACACAAGAAUAGCGCCACUUAGCAGAUGAAUGAUAAUAAAAUGUGAAUUCAGUAUUCUUGUUUGAGAGCAAGUGGAAACGUCCAUUAGCCCACCUGAGGGCUAGGACUUUGCUUGUUCUUGGCAUUUAAUUUGUCAGUGAAGUCAAUCAAGGUCUUAAUCAAAUGUAUGAAGAGAAGGCAGCAACCCGUAAGUGAGGCCUGCAGAAUGUGCAAAGAAUUGUUUUAGUGUUUUUUUAGUAGAGAAUAGAUGGAAGGAACGGGGCUACUGCUGACUCUAGUUUUUAGCUCUAUGUUGUGUUUACUUAAAUUGUCACAAUAGGCUUGUUAGCCUGCCUAUAGCUGUGCAUCCACACAUAAACCUAGUCCUUAUGUUAGCAUAAGGAGAGUAAAUAAAAAUGUUUUAAACGGUCAGACACAUUUCAAUUUUAAAACUUUUAGAAGUCUGUUUAAUACGGAAGCCCAUUUCUGCCAAGCAAAUUAAAAAAAAACAUGAAAAGUUAGCAACAAGUCCUCCAAAUUAAAGUCCUCCAAUCCCUUUAGAACGACACUUGGAAGCGUUUUCUCAUCUGACUUAAGCAAAGUUAUACUUUACGAGCAUGCAAGAAGGUGACGUAAAUUUCGUCAUCAGAGGGUGUACACGUAGGCUCUCUACGGAUAUUUGCGUACCAAUUUGUUGUGACAACGAGGCCACAAUGCUACAAGUGAUAGCUUAGCGAUCUACUGUGUGGAAUAUGUCCUCUAAGCAGUCAGUAUAAAUAGCAUUACUAUACAUCCAUGGUGUCCGCAGCUGUCCGUGUAUGCAUCCGUUUGGGAGUAUAACCAAGACUUAAGCUGUUUUUUUAAAACUGCAAAUCACUGCUUAAGAAUUAAUCUGUUUUAUGAUGUGACAACACUAUGGUUAAGGUUUGGUUAGGUUUAGGCACAAAAAUGACUUAGUAGGGUUAGAGAAAGAUCAUGGUUUGGAUUAAAAUGACUCCUUCGUUAAGGUUAGGCGACCUUCAUGAUAAUGGUUACAAUAAUAAACUUGUAGUUAAGGUGAGGGAAUGACGUCGUGCUUUAAAAAAAAAGGGAAAUGAACAGCUGUCACCCAUGUCCGAUGUUUUGUUGACCUAACAAAUUAGGGCUGGGCGAUGGAGAAACUCAAAUAUCACAAUAUUUAUGACCAAAUAUCUCGACAUCGAUAUUGCAACGAUAUUGUAGGAUUGGUUGUUUUACAAAAUAUUUUUACGGGGCGCUUUCCCAUGAAUGUAAGCAUAUGUCAUUCUGGGACACUGAUGGUGUCAUUCUUCUUGGGAGGACAGUCUCACAGUUAGACAUAAUACAAAAUUAUAAGAUUUUAAAUCAAAAGUUUGACUUACUAAGUCAAAAUGAUGGAUACCAAGUUGGAAAUUUUGACUGACCAUCUGAAAAUUUAGUAUUUUUUUUAACAUGCUUAACUUUUCAUGUCCUUUUUCAGGCGGAAAUGGGCCUCCAUAGAUUAAAAUCCCUAUUGCACCAUCAGAAUGUAUCACCAUCAACGUAUACUAUGUUUUUGAUAACAAUCAGUAUGGAAGAGGUCCUGAUUACUUUCAGAGAAGUUACAGAGGAGUCAUAUCUGCUACAUACUGCCUUACGAACAGUAAUUGAGUAUCCUUAAUAUUUUAGCAAUGAAGCUUUUUAACACUUAAUACUUGAUUAACAAAAGGCUUCAUGUCAUUAUUUAUUACUUAUGUGUGUUUUACAACUAUUGGGUGAAUGCUGCGUCAGUAUGAAUGUUGAAUGAAACCAACUGUGAGAAGUGAUUAAAAAACACCCUUUUGUAUAUCAGAGAAUUGUAUGGACUCACUUUAUAAGCUCAACUUUGUACAUAAACUGAAUGAAUGUGUUUAUAUUGUAUGAAAUGUCACUUUGAAAUGUAUGCAGUAAAUACACUUUAUUUUUGUCAUAGGAUGCUCACCUUGUCUCUCUACCAAGAAAUGUUAUUUUUCAAAAUAAAUGCUCAUUUCUACUCAUAUGUGUACAGUAUGUGGCGCCAGUUUUGCUUAUCAUUAAAGGGAUUUGACAUAAA